CCUGAGCAUCGAGAAGGCUCGUCGUAGCCGUCCCAGAACCCCUACCCCUGGCAAAUACUUCGGUCCCCCCAAGCGUGGUAUGCUUCGAGUUUCCUUACUUUACGUGUGAAGAACUGAACAUCUAAUACUGACUAUAGAAGACUUCCGUGGAGGUCCCCGUGGCCGUGGUGACCGCUAUGAUGACCGCCGUGGUGGUGGCUACGGUGGCAGCUGGCGUCGUGGCGGCGACGAUUACCGCUAUGGCCGCUAUGAUUCCUACAGUGACCGCCGCGACUACGGCGGUGGUCGUGAUUACCGCGACUACGGUCGCCGUGACUACCGUGAUGACUAUGGUUACCGCGGUGGUGGUGGUGGCGGUGGCGGUGGUGGCAUCGACCGUUAUGCUUCGGGCGGUGGUCGUGAGGACCGUUACAGCCGCGAUGAGCGCCGCGGUGGUGAGGAGCGUCGUGGCGGUGGUGGCGGCGGCGGUGGUGGUGGUGAGGAUCGCCGUGGUUACUACGAUCGCGAUGCCAACCCUCCCAGCUAUGGAUCUGCUCCCCCUGCCCGUGAGCCCUAUGCCGGUGGUGGUGGUAGCGGUGGUGGUGGCAGCGGCAGCGGUGGUCGCUCCUACGAACCCCGUGGCGGCGAUGACCGUUACAGCACCAGGUAGGUGGACUGAUCAGACAUGGGUGGUUGAAUCGAGGUCAUGCCACGUUCUCCCUCCCAGGCCUAUCUAGGUCUUCUUCCUCGUUUCCCUUCACUCUUUUCCUCUUUACACCUUACCACACACCCCUUGUUUCAAGUCACCAUCCCCGUCACUUUCCCCUGUUAUUUGGAAUGGUUCCCCCCUUUUUUCUUUUAAUACCCCUGGAUGAAUGGAAAUGGGCUCGAAAGGCCACGAUAGGGACGUCUCUGUGUUGUCUUAUACCAGGAAA